GGGAUACAUCCUUGGUUUUCUCACCUUUAUACAUUUGAAAAUAUCGAUAACGUCAAAGAUCAAGAAAAUUUCAAGUUACAGCACUAUAGGAAUGUGCUUGAUGUUUAUUCUCAGAACAGAGAAAAUCCUGAGGAGUUUGAAGAAGUAGUACGCUAUCUACCAUUUCCAUUUGCGAUACAGAACACUAUGUCCAAAUUUCGUGAUAUUUUGACCAACUCCAAGUUCAGACAGCGAAUCAACAUAGGAGAGGUCGGCCUAGACAAGUUGGCAAGAAUCCCACAAUCAGGGUAUCUUGGGAACGCAGAAUAUCCAGGUGGAGGUGGCUUAACAAACUACAAAGUAAAGAUGGAGCAUCAGGUCAAAGUGCUGCAGAUACAAUUAGAAUUGUCGUUGAGCACGUGUGUGGAUGACAUACCGAAAAGAAUUUCGGUGCAUUGCGUCGGGUGCCAUGGCCAGAUGUACGAGGUACUAAAAAGAAUGGAUGUCAAGCAAAUGAAAAAAAAUGUUGCUCCUGCAGUGGUGAUGCAUUCUUACAGUGGGAGUGUGGACAAUGCUAAGAUGCUUAUGAACAAGCUAGAGAAUAUUCAUAUCUGGUUUGGAAUCAGUGAUGUGGUAAACUUGAGCAGAACGGAUUUGGGAAAACUAGAAAAACUGAUGACUGUAAUACGUGACAAAGUUCUUGUUGAGACAGAUUUGGGGGUUGAUAGAAUGCUU